GAGAGAGAGAGAUGAACAAGAAGAAGAUAUUCAAGUUAGCCAAAGGGUUCAGAGGGAGGGCGAAGAACUGUAUAAGGAUAGCGAGGGAGAGGGUGGAGAAAGCUUUGCAGUAUUCUUACAGAGAUCGACGCAACAAGAAGAGGGACAUGCGCUCCCUUUGGAUCGAAAGAAUCAACGCUGGCACUCGUAUUCAUGGAGUAAACUAUGGUAACUUUAUGCAUGGGCUGAUGGAGGAGAACAUCCAAUUAAACAGGAAAGUACUAUCAGAGAUCUCGAUGCAUGAGCCAUAUAGCUUCAAGGCCCUUGUAGACAUCUCAAGGAAUGCAUUCCCUGGAAACAAGAAGGUGGAACUUCCUCCCAAAAAGGAAGGCCUUGCGAUUCUUGUUUAACUGUCCAGUAUGAUAACACUCCUAGUUCAAUGCGAGAGGCCGUAUGGAACUGAAAAGCUCAGAAAAAUCUUUGAUAAGUUUCUUUACCU